CACUCGGAGAAAAGUAUAUGUAAAUACUCAACAUGAAUUUUGAGCACUUACAACUUCAAACUGUUUGAUAACAGAAAUUAGUUCUAUUCAUACAAAAAUCUUUUAGUACCGGCAAAAGUAAUCUUAUAUUUGGCGUCCAAAGUCCAAAGUUUACAGAAACUAUUAUUAUAAAGCAAAAAUUUGAUUUAAAAAAUAAUAAGUACCUGUGAAAAAAGUGAGAGUUCAAGCAUUGCUUGAGAUCUGCUAUUUUUGAAACCAUCAAAGUGAUUGAUUAAGAUUUUGAAAGUCAUGUCUGAACCCGAAGAGGACUCCGCUGCAGUGGCUCAUCCAGAAGAAAAUCCAACUGAUGCUGAUAAGCCUUCCGCGCCAACUACUGAAGAAUCAGAAAUCCCUUCCGAACAACCUUCAGAACCGGUGCCCGCUCCUUCUGAAAAUCCUGAGGUGGAAAAUGCUUCUGAGCAAAUACAGCCGCCUCCACCUGAAGCACUUGCUCCAGAAAAGCCUCCUGAUAGUAAGCCAGCUAAUGAAGAGUCACGAAGACGUUCAUCCAUGAAAGCUUCAAUAGAUGUUACAGCUAGAACCAUGUCGAUUAAUCAGGAGACAUUUAUGCCUCCUGAACUUGCUACUCCUGCUGGCUCAGUUGAUAGAAGAUUCAGUGGUCUCAGGCGGACAAGCCUUCCUUCUGGAGAUGCAAGAAGAUCUAGUAUUGCUCGAAAAUCAAAAUUUGGCGGGCUGAGUAGCAAAGCUCGAAUGGUAUUAGGAAGCAUCGUCGACAUUAAAAGUAACACUGUGGAGGGAUACGAUAAAAAGGCUGCAAAAUAUCAAAACACCUAUAAAAUGGAAUCGGAAAAACCGUUCAAUCCUGAAAAAGUAGACAAAAUCCUCGAAGAAGUAAUGCAAGAGGUAAUGGAAAAUCUUCAGUACGAUCCCGAAAAAUGUGCAGCGACUGCAAAAUAUGCCUCUACUCAAAUUAGAAGCAAAGUUAAACAAUUAGAGUUCGACAGGUAUAAGGUGGUAUGCAUUGUGACCAUCGGAGAAAAAAAUUCGCAAGACGUGUACGCGACCUGCAGGUUUCUUUGGGAUCCGGAAAAAGACAGAUACUCCUUUUAUUCCUUGGAAAACACGCAUGUCUAUGCAAUUGCCUUGUGUUUUGGGCUGUAUUAUGAAUGAAAGCAUGCGUAUUUUAUUUUUAUUAUUAUAAUUAGUUUGUGGUCGA